AUGAAUAUUACUGAAGAAAAGUGGUCUAUUCAACAAUCUCAAGUUCCACCUUCACCUCACCAUCCACAUUCUGUAAUGUCACCACAAAUGAGUGGUAUGCCAGCAGAAAACUUUAUGCAGCCCUUUCCAUAUGAUGGACCAGCUGGCCAAGGUCAAUUGCAUUCCCAAAUCAACAACACAAACACGUCUAAUCCUGCAUCAGAUCGUAAAGUUAUAGAUAAUCGACCAACAUUCACAACUACAUCAUUUCAUGCCACACCAUUUCAGGCUGGAACAGUUAGGAAACGUAGGACCGAUACAUUAGGAUUCUCACAAGAU